AUGGCCGAGGGGUUCAAAUUGUACCAUUACAACCCAUCUGUCGGGUCUGCUAUCGCCUUUGCAGCAGUAUUUGGACUCACUACCGCCAUACACAUCUGGCAAUUAGGUCGGAAUAGAACCUGGUAUUUCAUACCAUUCGUCAUCGGUGGCUUAUUUGAGGCAUUGGGCUACUUAGCGAGGUAUGCCAGCGCAGAGGAGGCCCCGGAUUUCACCACCAAGCCAUAUAUUGCACAGAGCUUGAUGCUCCUGUUAGCACCUGCAUUCUUUGCGGCUUCCAUAUACAUGAUUCUCGGUCGGAUCAUUCGUAUGCUGAACGGGGCCUCGUGUUCCCUAGUCAGGCCGACAUGGUUGACGAAGAUAUUUGUCACGGGUGAUGUGCUAUCAUUUUUCAUCCAGAGUGGAGGAGGUGGAAUGCUUGCUACCGCGAAGGACCAGUCGAAAGUAAAACUUGGAAACAACAUGAUUGUUGUCGGACUUUUCGUUCAGAUCCUAUUCUUUGGGUUCUUUAUCAUCAUUUCCGUGGUUUUUCAUCGCCGCAUGCUAGCUACACCUAUGCAUGCUGCGGGCGACACUCGAAUCCCCUGGACCCGCUACAUGAAGGUCCUUUAUACUGCCAGUGUCUUGGUCCUGGUUCGAUCAAUCUACAGAGUGGCAGAAUAUGUUCAGGGCAGCGGUGGAUUUCUUCAAAGUAAAGAGGCAUUCAUAUAUGUGUUCGAUGCGGCGUUGAUGUUCAUCUGCUGUCUGCUUUUCAACUUCUUCCAUCCAAGCAAGAUUCUCUCAGGCUAUCAAAAAGCUCGUGGAGACCCGGAUCUGGAAAUGUUGAACCAAGAUACCGGAUAUACAGGACAAGUCAGCCUAGGGGAAGCUAAGGAUGUCGAUUUAUCUAUCGAAGACGAAUUGAGCGCGAGGCGUGGCUAUACAGCUGCUCUCGCCAAUCCUAAAGUAUCUAAGAAGGCUAAGCGUAAUGCAUUAGACCUUCUCAAUGAUGAGCUUGGUGGGGAUACACCUCGACAUUACCUUAAUGAGGCUCCGGACCAGAGUAAAGACCAGAGUGGUCUAGCUGGCGUGGGAAGAGCUGAACACAAAUCUCACCACACCACUCAAGGCGAAAAUGACUAG